UUUAAUUAAAAUUUUCCGUUAAAUCAACAAUUUGAAAUGAUUACUUAAUUUCCGUUAAAAAUUUCUUUAAAUUAAUACUUAAAUUCGAUGUAAUUUAGUAAUAAAACUCAACGUUGGUAACUUUUUUUUUGUUUUUGUGUUGUAAGUCCCUGCUUUCAUCUGUCUCUAGAGUACGCCAUGAGCCUGGAGUUGUGAAAAGGGAGUGUGUAUUGUUUUGUACCAAAAAUUAAACGAAAACCAACUAAUUGAAUAGAAAAUUGAAACAAAUUUUCUGAAAGCUAACGUUUAAACAACAUGUCUACUGCUGGUUCUAGCGGCUCAGGUAGAGGUAGAGGUGGACAAACAACUGUUGGUGAUCAAAAACCGGAAGCGAAAGAAACUAAACCAAACCCGAAGAUGUCCAAAGCUUUGGGUACCUCGGCUAAACGCAUCCAGAAGGAGUUGGCCGAGAUAACUUUGGAUCCGCCACCAAAUUGCAGCGCAGGUCCGAAGGGCGAAAACUUUUACGAGUGGGUUUCGACUAUUUUGGGUCCGCCUGGAUCUGUUUAUGAGGGCGGCGUCUUUUUCUUGGACAUUCAUUUUUCGCCGGAAUAUCCGUUCAAGCCGCCAAAAGUCACUUUUAGAACGCGCAUCUAUCAUUGCAACAUUAACAGUCAGGGAGUGAUCUGUUUGGAUAUUUUGAAGGAUAAUUGGUCACCUGCUUUGACUAUUUCUAAGGUGCUCCUUUCGAUCUGUUCGUUGUUAACUGAUUGUAAUCCUGCUGAUCCUUUGGUUGGAAGUAUAGCAACACAGUAUCUGCAAAAUCGUGAAGAACACGAUCGUAUCGCUCGAUUAUGGACGAAACGGUACGCAACGUGAUUUGGCGUAGGGAAUGUGGCCCCCCGUCGCUGCGGUUUUCCCUUCGCCACGGUGUGGCACGUUGGUCGUCUCGUCAUAUUUCAUCCGUGAGCCGUUUCAUUUUUUUUUUUUCGUUUUUUUUUUUAAUUAAUUAUUUUUCUGUCGUUAGUGUUUUCGUCAGUAAUAAGGAAUUUCCUUUGUUAAAUGUUUUUACGUAGGACUAAGACUUAAGGUUAAUUCUUUGUCUAAAUAUACUCUGCGCGACCUCCCUUCCAAAAAAAAGAACAAUUUUUCUCAACAGAAUUUUUUUUGAGUGAACAGAAUAUGGUUGUUUUUCUCAGCUCCUAAUAAUCUUUGUUUUGAAUAUAAUAGUAAUUGAUGCGCUAUAUACAUAGAGACUGCGUUGCAUUUAACAUUUAAAGAAAGUGUGUCUCAAUUUUUUUUUUUGAUAACUUUCCUGUAAAUUCAAUUUUUUUUUCAUUAUUUAAUUUGUGAUUUGAUUUUUCGCACGUCUUCGUGUUAUUAUAACGUUGUGUAUAAAAUUUUCAAAAAGAAUUAAGCGCGGAAAAAUCUCUUGUACUAUUUAAAGACGUGUGAGAAAAUUGUUUAUAGAUAUAUAUAUGUAGUGUGAUAUCCCGUUAUGUUCCUGGGUUAAAAAAAUACGCAAGAAGUAAUUCUCUCCCCGCCAUUCCCCCCAUUUCUCCUUAAUUUAUCGUAGACAAUAAAAGUGUUAAAAAAAAGUUGUUCCAAAAAUCCAUAUCAGUGAAAGAAGAAACAAGAUGAAAAUUAAGUUACCUUUUUCUUUAAAUCUAAUGAUUGAUUGGUUGUUAGAUUUUUUUUUAUUUUGGGCAAAAAUAGAUUCUCCUGAGAUGUGUGCAAUUAAUAUUAUUAAAAAAAAAAUGAAUAAAACCUUGCGUCUUGCGUAGGUCGCUUUUCGCAGAAUUACAUCAACUGCUUUAGUAUGGUUGCUCGCUCUCUUUCUCGUUUUCACCGUCUUUAAAUCUUCUUAAUGUAUUUGACCCCAAGAAAAAAAACCUUCCCUCUGAAAUGAAAUUAAUUCUUGUGGCGAAAGAAUCAAAUGUGAACCUGGCAGACCCACAUUAAAGCGGUUGAUUCCAACAACAAAAAUUAAAUAAAAGUUAAAAAAAAAAUAAGUAAAAAACUGCUUGUGUAAAAUAUUUUUUACUAUAAUACAUGAGAACAUGGACUAUUCUUCUAGUACUAAGUUUUAGUUUUUAAAUGUAUUAAUAAUAAAGUUUUAGUAUGUAA